AUGUGGUCGUCAUUGGGAUACAUGUGCUUGCCCAUUCUGGCGCUUCCAUAUGUCUCGAACCGCGCCUUCGGAUAUGCACAGUCACCUCUAGUUUAUCCCACCCAUCAAUGGCUGACGGUCAUGGCAAUAGCGCCAGGCAAUGGAGCAGGCCGAUGGGCCGAUGCCUACGCCAGUGCGAAGGAGCUUGUUGGUUCAAUGACGCUGGAGGAGAAGGUCAACAUCACGCGCGGCUUCACUGUCACAGACAACACAUGCGCGGGCAAUACGGGAACCGUGCCGAGACUUGGAUGGCCCGGCUUGUGUCUCCACGAUGCCGGCAAUGGAGUACGCGCCACGGACCUGGUGAACUCGUAUCCGUCAGCCAUCCACGUCGGGGCCAGCUGGGAUAGAAACAUGACGUACCAGAGGGGACUCUAUAUGGGUAAAGAGUUCAAGACAAAAGGAGUCAACGUUCUACUUGGACCGAACGCCGGCCCACUGGGCCGAACUCCUCUUGGAGGCCGGAAUUGGGAAGGUUUCUCCGUCGACCCGUACCUAUCAGGUCAGCUCAACGCGGAGACCAUUAUUGGACACCAGGAUGCUGGCGUUAUCGCGAAUAGCAAGCAUUUCAUCGCGAAUGAACAAGAGACCUUCAGACGGCCAUACUUCGGGGUUGAGGCAGUAUCGUCCAACAUCGACGACAAGACCCUCCAUGAGUUCUACUUGUGGCCUUUCAUGGACAGCGUGAGAGCUGGUGUAGCCUCGGUCAUGUGUUCCUACAACCGCAUCAACAGCACUUACGCCUGCAUGAACAGCAAGCUCAUGAACGGUAUUCUCAAGACCGACUUGGCUUUUGACGGCUUCGUCCUUCUGGACUGGAAUGCCCAGCACACCCUCAACAGUGCAAACGCUGGCCUGGACAUGGUCAUGCCAUCGGGCGGUUCCUUUGGUGCUAACCUGACAGAAGCGGUCCAAAACGGCACUGUCAGUGGAGACAGGGUUACAGACAUGGCCACUCGGAUCGUUGCCGCGUGGUACCUCGUAGGCCAGGAUGGUGACAAGUUUCCAACACCGGGUAUCGGGAUGAAAAACAUGACCCUACCGCACGAGCAAGUCGACGCUCGAGAUCCGAACUCGAGACCAGUCAUCAUGGAAGGGGCAAUAGCUGGGCAUGUCCUGGUCAAGAAUUCCGGGUCUCUGCCAUUCCAGAAGAACCCGACAAUGUUGUCUGUCUUUGGCUAUGAUGCGACCGUCCCCGCCACCAAGAACACCGACAAUAUGUUCCAGCUUGGCUAUACCUCGUCGCCUGAAAUGGGCCAGGCCGUGUUGGGUACCGAGGAACACUUCGACCAGGCCGCGAAGGGAGGCACCAUCGUAACGGGCGGAAGGGCUGCUGCCAAUGCCCCUCCGUAUAUGAGCGAUCCAUUGAGCGCAAUUCAAAACCGAGCACGUGCUGAUGGAACUUGGGUAAACUGGGACCUCAGCUCGUUCAAUCCCGAUGUCAAUGCUGCGUCGGAUGCCUGCCUCGUCUUCAUCAACGCCAUCGCAACGGAAGGCUGGGACCGAGAUGGGCUUCACGACAACGCCAGCGACGCUCUGGUCCUGAACGUGGCCUCGAAGUGCGCGAACACCAUCGUCGUCAUCCACGCUGCCGGCAUCCGCCUUGUUGACCAGUGGAUUGAGCAUCCCAACGUCACCGCGACCAUCAUUGCUCAUCUCCCAGGGCAGGACAGUGGCGAGGCUUUGGUCAAGCUGCUCUAUGGCGAAGCCGUAUUCUCCGGCAAGCUGCCGUACACGCUGGCCAAGAACGAAAGCGACUACUCGGUGUAUGCUCCGUGCAACCGCGCUCCGAACGACACGGACCCGCAGUGUGAUUUUACCGAGGGCGUGUACAUCGACUACCGCAGUUUCGACGCGAAGAACAUCACGCCUCGAUACGAAUUCGGAUACGGGCUGAGCUACACCACAUUCGCGCACUCUUCGCUCUCAGUCAGCCCCUCCACCCUCCCCGCAAGCGCCAAACAAUACCUUUCCAGUAGCGACGACCGUCUAUGGGAGGUUGUCGCGGCAGUCGAAGCCGAGAUCACCAACACCGGCUCUGUCGCCGGCGCGGAAGUAGCUCAGCUCUUCCUCGGCAUACCGAACAGUCCCCCGCAGCAACUACGUGGCUUCGAGAAGGUGCUUCUGUCUCCCGGCGAGUCCGCAACCGUGCGCUUCGACCUCACGAGGCGCGACUUCAGUGUAUGGGAUGUUGUCGCUCAGGGUUGGACCGUCCAGGAUGGUGGUUACGAUGUUCGGGUUGGGGCGAGUAGCAGGGACAUCAGACUGAAGGGCAACAUCGAGGCUUAG